CCCGGAAGUUGUGUUUCACAACUGGACUCCUCGGCGUGACAUUCACCGGUGGUGGCGAGAGUUGAUCACAGGCUACAGGUCGACCUCCCCAAAAUUCUCGCCACUAUGAGGCUUCUUCAAACGGCCUUGUCCUUGACAAAAAGACACACUCUCGCUCCGGGCGGCGUCACUCUCAAAAAGGUACUCAUCGACAGCUGCCGGUCGUGCUCGUCUGGUAUCGUCCCGAACGAAAGGAUCCGCAACAUCGGCAUUUCCGCGCACAUCGAUUCGGGAAAGACUACUCUGACCGAACGCGUGCUUUACUACACAGGAAGAAUAGCGGAGAUCCACGAGGUGAAGGGGAAGGAUGGCGUUGGGGCCACUAUGGACUCCAUGGAGCUGGAGAGGCAGAGGGGCAUCACCAUCCAGUCAGCUGCUACCUACACCAUGUGGAAGAACCACAAUAUAAACAUUAUCGACACACCCGGUCACGUGGACUUUACCAUCGAAGUGGAGCGAGCGCUGCGCGUGCUCGACGGCGCCGUGUUGGUCCUGUGCGCUGUGGGCGGUGUCCAGUGUCAAACCAUGACAGUGAACCGGCAGAUGAAGCGCUAUGGCGUUCCUUUCCUCACUUUCAUCAACAAGCUGGAUCGCUUGGGCGCCAACCCUAACAGAGCCCUGCAGCAGCUCCGGACAAAACUGAAUCAGAAUGCCGCCUAUGUGAACAUCCCGAUGGGCCUUGAAGGCAACAUAAAAGGCAUCAUCGACCUUGUUGAGGAGAGAAGCAUGUAUUUUGAAGGACCGUUUGGGCAAGUCAUCCGCUACGAUGACAUCCCUGCAGAUUAUCGUGCAGAGGCUGCAGACCGCAGGCAGGAGUUGGUGGAAUGUGUUGCCAAUGCUGACGAAGUCUUAGGAGAGAUGUUCCUGGAGGAAAAGAUUCCCACCAAUGAUGACCUCAAGGCUGCCCUGCGCAGGGCCACUGUACAACGUCUCUUCACACCAGUGUUGGUAGGCACAGCGCUCAAGAACAAAGGCGUGCAACCCCUUCUGGACGCCGUACUGGAAUUCUUACCCAACCCCACCGAGGUCAAAAACUACGCCAUCCUCAACAACGAAGAUUCUAGUGAGACAUCAAAAAUCCAAAUGAACCCUACAAGAGACUCCACAAAUUCUUUUGUCAGUCUGGCUUUUAAACUAGAGGCGGGUCGUUUUGGUCAACUGACAUACAUGCGGGUAUACCAAGGUUACCUGAAGAAGGGCGAGUACAUCUACAACACACGCACUAGCAAGAAGGUGCGCGUGCAGAGGCUGGUGCGCCUGCAUGCCGACCAAAUGGAGGAUGUAGACGAGGUGUACGCAGGCGACAUCUGCGCUCUGUUUGGGAUUGACUGUGCGAGUGGAGACACGUUCACGUCGAGGACCAGCGAUAACCUCUCAAUGGAAUCAAUUCACAUCCCAGACGCUGUCAUUUCCAUGUCCAUGAAGCCAGCCAACAAGAAUGACCUAGAUAAAUUCUCCAAAGGCAUAAACCGCUUCACUCGAGAAGAUCCGACCUUCCGGGUUCACUUCGACACCGAGAGCAAAGAGACCAUCAUCUCAGGCAUGGGCGAGCUGCAUCUAGAGAUCUACUCACAGAGGAUGGAAAGAGAGUACAACUGCCCCUGUGUGAUGGGAAAACCCAAAGUGGCAUUCAGAGAAACCAUCACUGCCGCCGUUCCGUUUGAUUUCACUCACAAGAAGCAAACCGGAGGCUCUGGUCAAUAUGGUAAAGUUAUCGGCGUCCUUGAGCCACUGGAGCCAGAACACUACACCAUGCUGGAAUUUGAAGAUCUAACUGUGGGAACCAACAUUCCAAAGCAACUUGUGCCAGCCGUAGAAAAGGGCUACAGGGAAGCCUGCGAGAAGGGACCCUUGAGUGGCCACAAGAUCUCUGGUGUGCGGUUCCUACUGGAAGACGGCGCACAUCACAUGGUGGACUCCAAUGAAAUAUCCUUCAUCCGUGCGGGGGAGGGUGCUCUAAAGCAAGCUAUGGAGAAGGCGAACGUCGCCAUCUUAGAGCCCAUCAUGUCAGUAGAAAUUAUGGCACCUCAGGAGUUUCAGGGCGUGGUUAUCGCUGGGGUGAGCCGUCGCCACGGCGUCAUCACGGGCCAGGAUGGAUCCGAGGGAUACUUCACUCUGUACGCCGAUAUUCCAUUAAACGACAUGUUUGGCUACGCCACAGAACUACGUUCAUGUACUGAAGGAAAGGGCGAGUACACUAUGGAAUACAGCAGAUAUCAACCGUGCGUACCAGGCACACAGGAAGAGCUCAUUCACAAGUAUUUGGAGGCUACGGGUCAGCUGCCUACCAAGAAGAAGUGGAAGAGCUGAAAAGUUUCGUCUUGAUUUAGGAAUUGACUGCCAUAUUUCACAUAGUGAUACAAUUUUUAUUCAAUCACAUGGAGCCCAAAUGUUUUCACGUCAUGUGACGACCCAUUACAUUCUCUCUCCCUCUUUCUAUGUGCAUUAUGAGUAGCCGACAUCACAAACAACGCUAGUUAAACAGGAGUGAAGCAUAAAAAUCAUUAGCGAUUGCUGAAAUUUCCAAUUCAUGUUCCCUUGACAAUUAAAUUAGUGUCUAGAAAUAUGUUACAUAUUAGCGUUCUGCUAAUGAGCUAAGAUACCCUGGCAGACUUUGCAAGAUAUGCACUAUUGUUUUUACAAUAAGUGACCAUGUACUGUAUAUUAUUUUUUAAUGGGACUCAUUGUAAACAAUAUUGCAAUCCUUAAUUUAUAGUAAUGAAAAAAAAUAUUGAAAUUGUCAGUCUUCAGUCAUGUCCCCUCCUACCAAUUUGCCAAUAUUGCAAGUACUUUACCAGUGUAUUUACCACUGUAUGAUAUUAAGUAUUUAAUUUCCCUAUGAAGGAUUAAGAAGAAAAAAUAGCUGACUGUUUUUACUGUUUUGCCGAAAGUGUUUUUGUACUGUGUACAGAAUAACCUUCAGUGAGUAUUGGUCCAAGAAAUACACAUGUGUAAACACUGAAUGUUUUAAUUUAUUAUUAAGAGCCACCUUAUUCCUUAUGAUCAUUAGUUUUUCUGUGGCAAAGUUGCUCUCACCUUAGAAAUGUCCGAGUGCUCCGCAGUCAUGGCAUGGGCAUUUGAUGCAGCGUCAAUAGGGCUCCCAGCGAUGACCCCGCCAAGUCCCACCACUGCCAAGAGGACCCACGAAAUCAUUGUGUGAUGCUGGAGAAAAUGAAGCGCGCAGAAUAAGUGACCUCCUGUUGAGACUGCCGUUUUUGUAACCGAGAAAGCUCGGGGGGAGGAUGUCCUGAUUCCUCCCUUGCGCUGUUUUUUGUUGUACCAAACCCAAUUACACAACUCUUUUUCAGUUUUGGCUUUGGUACGUCAGUGAGUGGGUGUGCAAGAUUAGUUAUCAUCUCAUCAUCAUUUGUUCAUUAUAAUUGUCAUCAUUAACACAUCUUUACAUAUGAUGCAAUUGGUUGUGGGGAUUUUUCUAUUCUGUACUGUUCGACCGCUUUGUCAUGCUGAAAGAAGGAUUAUUAUAUAAUAGUGUGAUAAGAGCGCUCUAAGAGACGGUACAAGUGAGUGGACAAUCCAAGAAAUACACAGUCAUAAGAGAUGGGUGUCACAUGCUGGGAGUUGCACCACACCAAGCAAUUAUAUCCAAUUGCUGGGUGUUGAUCGAAUCACCACUGUAAUGCCUGCAUCAUCUGAGGUCUCAUAGCACUAGUUUACAGUGCAGGUUGACCAAAUACUGUUAGAAAUGCAAUACCGUAUUGGCCCGAAUAUAGGACUGUUUUUUUGCAUUGAAAUAAGACUGAAAAAGUGGGGGUCAUCUUAUAU